UUGACCGGUUGUUCAGCGGGCGGUUUGGCAACGUUUUUGCAUUGUGACAAUUUCACGAGUUAUUUGCCUAAGAACGCAAGUGUUAAGUGCAUGAGUGAUGCUGGAUUCUUUCUUGACGCAAUCGAUGUAGCAUCAAACCGGACCAUGAGAUCCUUUUACGAACAACUUGUCUCUUUACAGGGUGUGCAGAAAAACCUCGAUCCAAGCUGCAUGCGUUCAUUUUCUCCAGACCCGACUCUGUGUUUUUUUCCGCAAUAUGUGUUGCGAUUUAUCAAAACGCCAUUUUUCAUCCUGAACUCAGUCUAUGAUGUUUUCCAGUUUCAUCAUGGGUUAGUUCCACCAUCUGCCGAUCGGACCGGACGUUGGAACCGAUGCAAGCUUAAUGCAACUGCGUGUAAUCCGCAUCAGCUCGAUGCUCUUCAAGGUUUCAGGCGAGAUAUGUUGGGAGCUCUGAUGAAUUUCUAUAAAAACUCGAGGACAGGAGGAAUGUUCAUCAACUCAUGCUUUGAUCAUUGCCAAAGUGCUCUGCAAGAGACUUGGUUCGCCAUUGAUUCACCUAGAAUUCACAACAAGACAAUUGCAGAAGCGGUGGGAGAUUGGUAUUAUGGGCGAAAGAUAUCCAAAGAGAUUGAUUGCGCGUAUCCAUGCGACACCACGUGUCACAACCUCAUCCCUACUUCAGUUUCUAUACAUCAAUCUCCGGUAAAUUUGGAACUUUAAAAUUCCUUUUAAUGCGAUCUUAUAUAUAAAUAAACAUUUGUGAAAUUCGGGUCAAGCCAACUCAUCCUUCUGCAUUGCAGUUUCCUAAAUUUUGAUUGAUUUAUAAAAUA